GAAUCAAAAUGUGUAAAUGAAUCGUUCAAUGAAAGGCCAUUUAUAGUGCUUUUUCUGGGACUAAUUGGGUUGGGCAUCGGUCGUACAAUGCCUUGGUCACUCGGAAUACCAAUGAUCGAUGACAAUGUCUCCAACAAAAAUCUUCCGGCAUUUUUUGCUGGCAUAAAUUUUGUUCGAAUAUUGGGACCAGUAUGUGGAUUCCUCAUUGGAAGCUUCUGCAGCAGCUUUUACUACACUCUAAAAGCUCCGCCUGGACUAACGGCAAAAGAUCCGACGUGGAUUGGUGCAUGGUGGAUGGGAUAUUUAUUCAUUGGUCUUAUCCUCAUUGUGCCAUCAAUUACGUUAUAUUUUUUCCCGACCAGGUGA